AUGGCGGCAAGCGCGAACCCGUCGGGGAACAAUCAGGAAGGUUCGUCGGCGGCGCAGAAGGUAUCUACUUCUUCGGCGGCGGCGACGAAUGGAGCUGCUGUAAAUUCGGUCGAGAAUGGUGGUAAUACAGGCGGCUCCGGCGCGGCGGCGGAUAAUUCACAGACGAUUGGCGCGUUGAGGCAUAAUCCAGGGAUCUCUGUCGAUUGGACUCAGGAGGAGCAAUCGUUGUUGGAAGAUUUGUUAGCCAAGUACGCGUCAGAACCUACAAUAGUUCGUUAUGCGAAGAUUGCGAUGAAAAUGAAAGAUAAAACUGUAAGAGAUGUUGCGUUGCGUUGUAGAUGGAUGACUAAAAAAGAAAAUGGAAAGCGUAGGAAAGAAGACCAUUCAUCAAGAAAAAGCAAAGAUAAGAAAGAAAAAACAACGGAUUCGUCAGCCAAGUCUUCCUCUCAUUUGAAUGUGCAUCCUAAUGGUCCUUCAUAUGCUCCUCCUAUGAUGCCUAUAGAUUCUGAUGAUGGUAUUUCAUAUAAAGCCAUCGGUGGUGUGAGUGGAGAUCUUCUCGAGCAAAAUGCUCAAAUGUUCAAUCAAGUUUCAUCAAAUUUCUCAGCUUUUCAGAUACAUGAGAACGUCAACAUCUUGUGUAAAGCUCGGGACAACAUCCUCGCAAUCUUGAACGACUUGAAUGACAUGCCAGAGGUGAUGAAGCAGAUGCCUCCUCUUCCAGUGAAGGUGAACGAAGAGCUAGCGAACUCGAUCCUCCCUCGCCCGCCACAUCAAAUGAAGUCGUGA